GCAUAGGUUCACGCAAUUGCCGUACGAGAGGGACUUAGCCGGGGCCCUGUGCUGCCUGGGGAAUUACUGACCCUCCUUUUUCCUCUGAUGAAAUCCUGCUAAGGAGGGAGGGAGCUGGGUUGGCACUGAGAAAAGACCCAAGUGAAAGGGCUGAGGCAUGAGCCGGCCGCUGGUGCCAUCUAGCUGCUACUCUUGGCAUAGGUGCUCGGCAGGAGGCUGAAAGAUGAUGGAACUAAUGAGGCUUCAUUAAAUAAAACCUUAUCAAGUAAAUAAUGUGACACAUGCAACAAGUUUCUUUAACCUAUCACAAAGCAAAUACACUGUUUAUUUUAGGAGUAAGGUUCUUAGUGCUGUAUCUUUUGAGAGGAUAAUUGCGCUCUUGUUUCAAAGUAGUGCUUGGGCAGCUCCUGUUGUAUCUGAUUGUGCAAAGCAUGGGUCACAGGGUCCAGUUAUUUAACUCUCAGUGCAGUUGAGCUGACUUUGUAUAGGUUGGCUCCUACUGUCUUUAGAAGUGAUGCAUCUUACAGGCAAAGGCAGAGGUAAUUGCAAUACACUACUACAACAACUCUCAGUGCAAUGAAUGAGUUAAUGCUGAAUUGCCAAGUUGCUUUUUCAGUUUGAUUGGGAAAGCUUUUGCUGCUUCUUCCCCCCUUGGGUAGUUUGCUAGCAAGGCGUUUCUCAAAAGCUGGUCCCGGUUUAAGCAGUUGCUCUAGAGUUGGAUCUCAAGGAAACUUGGCUCCUGCAAGAUUUGCCUGAUGUUUCUUUGGGUAGGGAAGCACUUAGGCUGACAGAGUGAUCUUAGUUAUAAAGUGGUGGAUGGGAUUUCCUCACUACUGAGACUAAACUGUGCCUUAGUAGGUCAGACCUUGCUCUUAAUACUGUGGCAUUCUUCACCUCAAUUCAAGAGGGGAGUCAUGCAGAGAGUCAUUUAGGUGUCUUUUGUUCAAAGAUCAAGCCAAUAGAUUAUUGCACACUAAAUUUCCAUCCUGACUUGCAUUCAAGACCCUCAAAUCCCACUUGAAUGUUUAUUUUACCCCUUCAAUCCUAUCACCUAAUUCCCAAGCAACUUACCCUGUCAGCUGAGAACUCCCAAAGCCAUGUUCUUCAUAGCUUGCAGAGGACCGAACUGGUGAAUAGGGGACUUGGUGUGCGAGGAGAGGCAGAUCUCACCUGUGUGAAAUCCAGAGGAAAAUUGGCAAGAGAAAAAAGAGCAGAUAGCAGAGCAGCCUGUUUUAUAAGCAGAGAACUCCAUUUGCAAGAGCAGAGAGAGCCCAGUUCCCUCUUACGUCUGGCAGCGAGUCCCAGCCUGGCCAGUACGGAAGGGAUUGACUGGGAUUCUAUAGCAGGCAAUAGAUCAACAGCAGAUGAAGAGCUCCUGAGAGAGGAGAGGGAGAGAGGCUUGCAGCAAAGCCCUCCCAGCUUGCUCAAGUAUCGGAGGUGAGUGCUGGCUCUUUGUGAACGGCAGGCUGCAAAGAGAGAAAAGUGGGGUGGGAGGCAAGAAAAAACAGAUGCCAAGCUGUUGGCAGGAGACUUGGAAAGGAGUGAGAGCUUCAAGUGCUUUUCCUUGGGCCGGGUUGUCUAGCUGGGUGCGAGAGCUGGAAGGAUUGCAGCUGGUGCUUCUGAGACGUCAGCGGAGCAAUGAAAGGAGGUUUGGGAUGUUGAUGGGGACUUAGCAGCAAAAUCUCUCAAGGGACUGGAACAAAGGGGAACCCAUGGAUGAUUUUUACACUUCCGGAGAAGGAGAUAAACAGGAUGUGAUCAAUGACACCAGCAGUAGGAAGAGCUGGGCAGAGGAAGGCAGCUCCAAGUUGUCGUUCCGUGUGGUGACAGCUGCUUUACUUUUCCUUCUCAUCCUCUCCACGCUCCUGGGCAACACUCUUGUGUGUGUGGCUGUGGUCAAGUUCAGACACUUGCGCUCUAAGGUCACCAAUUUCUUUGUUAUCUCCUUGGCAGUGUCUGACCUCUUUGUGGCUGUACUGGUGAUGCCUUGGAAGGCUGUCACUGAGGUGGCGGGAUUCUGGCCCUUUGGGGCUUUCUGUGAUGUCUGGGUUGCUUUUGAUAUCAUGUGCUCCACAGCCUCCAUCCUCAAUUUGUGCAUCAUCAGUGUGGACCGUUACUGGGCCAUCUCCAACCCCUUCCGUUAUGAGAGGAAGAUGACGCAGCGGGUGGCCUCUAUCAUGAUUGGAGUGGCUUGGCUACUGUCCCUCUUGAUUUCCUUCAUCCCUGUGCAACUGAAGUGGCACAAGGACCACGAGCUCCUUAGCCAGCAGGAGCCAAGUUUUAAAGUCACCUGGGAGGAGAACUGUGAUUCUAACCUCAACAGAACUUAUGCCAUCUCAUCCUCUCUCAUCAGCUUUUACAUUCCUGUUGCCAUCAUGAUUGUGACAUACACCCGCAUCUUCCGCAUAGCCAGGCAGCAGAUCCGUAGGAUCUCUUCCCUGGAGAGGGCAGUGGAACAUGCCCAAAACUGCCACAACAGUGACCGCCUUCAUGAAGCCUCCCUGAAGAACUCCUUCAAGAAGGAGACCAAGGUCCUCAAGACUCUCUCCAUCAUCAUGGGUGUCUUUGUGUUCUGUUGGCUGCCCUUUUUCGUGCUCAAUUGCAUUGUGCCCUUUUGUGACCUUGACCUACAUGAGCCAGGGGAGGUGCCUUGUGUCAGUGAGACUGUCUUCAACACCUUUGUCUGGUUCGGGUGGGCCAACUCUUCCCUCAAUCCUAUCAUCUAUGCCUUCAACGCAGACUUCCGGAAAGCCUUUGCAACCAUCUUGGGCUGUGGCUGCCCUUGCCCCAGCAAUGCAGUGGAGACAGUGACCUUCAGCAAUGAGCUGGUGUCCUACCACCAUGAUACCACGUGUCAGAAAGAAGUGGUGACCCUUAGCUACUCCCAACUUCUCCCACAUGCUGCUCUACAGCUGGAAAACAACGAGGUGUCCUUUGACAAGGUUUCUCAGGUCUCUGAGCCCGCUCGCGUCAACCGCCCCGUGGAUGUCUUGCCUGCUGUAGUGCAUGUGGAGCGAGAGAUGGCUAUCUCAUUGGAGAAGAUUGCACCUUUCACCGCUAAUGUGCUGGACUGAGACAGGGUUGGGAGCAGGGUGGUGGGAUGGUCUUGGGGAGAGAUGGAAAUAGGGACACUACUGCAGUUGCCUGUUUUCUGAGGAACUGGAGAAUACCAUGGAUAUUGUCCUCUCUGCUGGGCAGGAAUUGCGUUAAUAAUUGUGAAAUAGCCAGAGUGACUUUCCAGAUGACUGAAGGGGUUUUGUGUUUUGUUUGUUUUGUUUUUUGUUUUUUAACUUAUAGUUUCAGAUCCAGACCAGGUGGGCAGUAAAAGUCUGUGUUGCUGCUUUCUUGGGUGACCUGUGGAAAAACCCUUACUGCAAAAGAUGAAAAUCCAGAGCUUGAAUCCCGCUUUCCUUGUGACUUCAGCUGAGAAAGCAAAGAUUUGUGUGGUCUGCUAAGCCUCUCCCUCUUGGUCCAUGAAAUAGAAACACAGCAGUGCUUGUGGGGGAAGAGGCUGGUUUUACCACUGUCUAUGUCCAAAAGACCAUCAGCCCAUGGCUCCAAACUGGCACAAACCAAAUGCAGCUGCUUACUUGGGUGAUAACUGCCGCUGGCAGAAGUAGUAAUGCUGCCUUGUGCUGGGUGGGACAGCACCUUUAACUAGGGAGAACCACUUUCCUGGUGGACUGUGCAGAAAGGAGGUAACUUUGGUCCAGACUUUUGCAGCUUGCAUUCAUGUUUGAGCAGAAUAACAAGCAGCAGGGGACUUGAGUCAGGAUUUGGGGUCUGCUCCUGGCUUUCGGAAGGAUGUCAUGUUGAGGGGGUGACUCAAAAAUCCCCCGUUGGGGCCUGCCUGUCAGGGACUCAAGGCGCUAAGGCGGAACGAACGACCUUGCUAGGAUACUCUCCUGCAUUCGUCUGGGAGGUGAUUAGCCUCACCUCUGACUCUCUCUCUGUUGUUCAGGCAAAUUAUCCUGCAGGUUGAGACAAGUUCGCAGCCACCCUUGCUGGAGCCCUGAGGCUGGGCUUGGUAGCAGCUUGUUGGAGCAUGCUGCAGGGUGCUCACUCAUUAGCCGAGGAUUCGGUACGCUAAAGGUCUGCGCUAGCCCCUGGAGCAGAGCCGGGCUUCCUAAGCCGGGAUAUGCACAGCUGAGUGCAGACCAGGAUGUACGUAAACUUUGUUUCAGCCCCAGGACGCUGGAGCCUUAGUUAGCUUGGAGCCUUCGGGAGUGAGGGUCUGAGCCCUUCAGAAAAGCAGAAUUCCAGAUUUUAAAGCAAGAAGGCUGCUGUUUUGCUUUCAGUGCCUCUGCCGCAUCUCCCAUCAGUCAUGUCCCCCUCCCUUUCAUAGUCUGUUUCUUCCCCCUUUCACUUUGUUCUCUCUCUAAUUGCCUUCCUCCCCCAUUUCAUUAAGGAUCCUUCCACACUGUCUCCCUUGCUGUCUCAUUUCAAUAAUAAUGGCUUCUUAAGAAGCACUCUUUGCUCACCUGUACUCUUUAAUUACCCUCUCCUGUGCACGUUGGAACUUGUGUCUGGUUAGCCCUUGUGUCAGGGUAGAAACGGCAAGCGAACAGCCCCCAGCAUUUCACUGCCGACUGCGACACGAGUGACUUCAGAACUGUGUUUUGAUCGGUGCGUGGUUAAACACUGCAGCAGCAAGCAGCACGUCCGUGUCAUCUUGAAUUUGAGACAUCUUUAGCUCCCUGGCACAGCAGAGGAGCCUCUCCCCCUCCCCAGCAAACUUGAACAAAAAGAAAAAUCAGAAAGUCAUAAUUACAGAGUAAUGGUAAUUAUUAAAUAGAGCCCAAUUAUAGUCAAGUUACAGCAUAAUCAGCGUGGGAGGGGAGCAGAGCUCACCAUAUUCCCAAGGUCGAUGCCUGGAUUUUUCUGUAGAAGCACUGAUAGGACUCAGCAUCAUUUCUAACCAUCUCUUUGCACAGCAGUGGUGGCUAGUCGUUAAAGCAGGGACAGGUUCUUGAGGUUUUUCAGCUCUGGGAGGACAGUGCAGCCAAACUGGUGGAGAAGGAAUUAUUGCUCUGAGAUGGGGACUGUCAUCUAGCAUGUUUGUAGGAGGCCUGCUGUGACUGAUUUCAUUUGAAUGUUAUUGCAAUAUAUAUAUAUAUAUAUAU